AGCAGGUCGGUUUCAAGCAGUAGAAAGAAUAUUUGGUGAGACUUUUUGUUUGUGACGUGCAGGGAAGUAACAAAUAAUAUAAUUUGGUUUUCUUUAUGUGUUUUGGGGCUCCAAAGCCAAUACAGUUCACUGACCAGAAGAAAGAAUUCAACAAGCGUACCUCCAACACUGGUCAUCGCUCCUUGUCUCCUUCCAUCUCACAGUCGUCUACAGAUAGCUACGCUUCAGUGUGCAGUGAGAGCUCAGAGGAUGAGUCCUCGCCCAGAGAAAAGCCUCGGAGGACCUCCAAGGGCCUCGCUGACUUCUGCAUCAAAAACAUCAAACAGGCGGAAUUUGGACGCAGAGAAAUAAUAUUCGCACAGCAAGAAAUGCCAGCACUAAUGAUCCUGAGGAAAGGAGCCGGUGGGGAGAAACCUCUGGCUGGAGCCAAAGUGGUGGGCUGCACACACAUCACUGCACAGACCGCGGUGUUGAUUGAGACUCUGUCUGCGUUGGGAGCUCAGUGUCGAUGGGCAUCCUGUAACAUCUUCUCCACUCAGAACGCUGUGGCUGCAGCUCUGGCUGAAGGAGGGACCCCCGUGUUUGCAUGGAAAGGAGAAUCAGAGGACGACUUCUGGUGGUGUAUUGACCGAUGUGUCGGUGCUGAGGCCUGGCAGCCCAACAUGAUUCUGGAUGAUGGAGGCGACCUGACGCACUGGAUCCACAAGAAGCACCCGAGCCUGUUCAAGAACAUCAAAGGCAUCGUGGAGGAAAGUGUGACAGGAAUCUACCGGUUGUACCAGAUGUCGAAGGCCGGCCGGCUGUGUGUCCCGGCUAUUAACGUUAACGACUCGGUGACAAAACAGAAAUUCGACAACCUUUACUGCUGCAAGGAGUCCAUACUGGAUGGGUUGAAGAGAACCACUGGCGUCAUGUUUGGAGGAAAACAGGUGGUGGUGUGUGGAUAUGGGGAGGUUGGCAAAGGCUGCUGUGCUGCCCUGAAAGCGUUGGGCGCCGUGGUGUACGUCACGGAAGUGGAUCCUAUUUGUGCCCUCCAGGCCUGCAUGGAUGGCUUCAAAGUGAAUAAACUCAGUGAAGUGGCCGGACAGGUCGACAUUGUCGUCACCUGCACAGGCAAUAAAAGCGUGGUGGGAAGGGAACAUCUGGACAGACUGAAGGACGGCUGCAUACUCUGCAACAUGGGACACUCGUGCACCGAGAUAGAUUUGGUGAGUCUGCGGACUGCAGAGCUGAGGUGGGAGCGUGUGAGGCCGCAGGUGGACCAUGUUAUCUGGCCUGAUGGCAAGAGAAUCGUGCUGCUGGCUGAGGGCCGCUUACUGAAUCUGUGCUGCUCCACAGUGCCCUCAUUUGUCCUCUCCAUCACCGCCACAACUCAGAUUCUGGCUCUCAUAGAGCUGUACAGCGCUCCAGAAGGACGAUACAAGCAGGACGUCUACCUGCUGCCAAAGAAGAUGGAUGAAUAUGUGGCCAGUCUUCACCUGCCGACGUUUGAUGCUCACCUCUCGGAGGUGACUGAUGAACAGGCCAAGUACCUGGGCAUCAGCAAACAUGGACCCUUCAAACCCAACGACUACAGGUAUUAACCUUCUGGUGGAAACCUCUCCAUCCUGCAGACAAAGCACUGACCCCCUCUACAGGCUGAGUCCUGCCCAGACUCAUGAUUGUGGAGAGACUUCAAACUUUUGUUCACGUUUCUUUCUGUGUCUCUCUGUGCGGUUGUUUUUGUCGUCGUGUGUUGCACUGGUCCUGGUUUUAAAUGGUCACAAUGUAAUCAGUGAAUUCUGAAUUGAAACUAAAAGAGUUAAAGUUGAGAUCAACACACAAAGCUGAAUGGCUUUGUCUAUUCUUCUGCAUCAAAUAAUAACAACACCGUUAGUUAUUGUAGCAGUAACAUAUAUUUAAACUAACAAAAUGGAGAGUGAAGUUGAGAUCUCAAGAAAUAAUCAUCAGUGUUUCUUAUCUGAAUAUAUUCUGAUUGGAGGGUAAAACACAUUUUAAAUAGGCUCUUGCUCUAAAAUCCAGAUUUAUAUUCAAUAUUAUCACGUUUACCUGAACCUCAUAUUAAUCUUAAAUGAAGCCUGGGACUUUCUACCAGUCAAUUAAAAUGUUGAACAACUUUACUUGACAAUCAACUUAUUGCUAGUUGACAUAAACUCAGAUAGUUAGCGGAUUCCUGUUGUUUAAAAACGGAUGCAUUGUUGAGUGGACCAUUAACACAAAGAAAUGCCCAAAGUUAACAUAUUUCCAUUGAUUUCUAAAAGAUGGUUGUCGUGAAGCAUGCAUAAUAUGGUAUAAUAAAAAUAACAUAUUUUCUCUUU